AGAACCCCACGUACGUCCCCUUGUACAGUAUUACUCUGUGAACAUGCUGGUUGAGAGAGACCAGGACGUACCGUCUUUACACAUACCCGUUGUUGACCUAAGCUGCCCCGAUCAAGAGCUGGUGGCGCGUGAGGUGGUCAAGGCGAGCCAAGAGUGGGGAGUUUUUCAGGUGGUCAAUCACGUGAUCCCCACGGAGCUCAUACAACGUUUGCAAGAUGUCGGGAGGCAGUUCUUUGAGCUCCCUGAAGCCGACAAGGAAGCCGUGGCUAAACCAGCCGACUCACGUCAAGGAUACGCAAGGAGGUACGAGUUUGAUCUACAAAGCAGAAAAGGUACGGUCGAUCAACUCUUUCACAAUAUCUGGCCACCUUCGUCCGUCGAUUACACAUACUGGCCUAAGAAUCCUCUAAACUACAGGGAAGUGAACGAGGAGUACACAAGGAAGUUGAAGAUGUUAUCAGAGAAGAUUAUGGAGUGGUUAUCAGAAGGGUUAGGGCUACGGCGUGAGGCUAUUAAGGAAGUUAUCUCCGGUGAGUAUAUGAUGAAUAUCAACUACUAUCCUCCGUGUCCAUUUUCCGAUUUGAUCGAGGGAUUGGAUCCACACACCGAUGUUAGUGGGCUCACACUUCUCCUAACCAAUGAGAUUCCCGGACUUCAAGUGUUCAAAGACGGUCACUGGAUCGACCUCGACUAUAUACCAUCCGCUGUUAUAGUCCUCAUCGGCGAUCAGAUCCUAAGACUGAGCAACGGAAGGUACAAAAACGUGUUGCAUAAAACGACAGUGGAUAAGGAGAAAACAAGAAUGUCUUGGCCGGUUCUGGUGAGGCCUACCUCCGAUACGGUCAUCGGACCUUUGCCGGAGCUUACGGGCCACGACCAUCCUCCCAAGUUUAGGCCCAUCGUCUACAAGGACUACAUUUACCGCAAAGUCCGCAACUUACCCUUCUUCGAUUUCGACUCAUAAUUGACGUCGACGACUUCCAGAAUUUGCAUGUCUUUUAUCCAUAAGAAAGUAGUUGUUGUAUUUAACUAUUUAUGCAUAAUUUACUUAGAUACUACAAGUAUAAUAUUUAAGCAGAUUUUGUCUGUAAAGUAAAAGUGGUUACACUCAUUUGUACGGGUUAAUUUGGUCAUUAAUUAUGAGUGUAAUUUUGUUAU